CCGGAACCGGACGCGGUCUCGUUUUCAUUCGUUGCUGCAGCUACGACAAAAUACCCACGCAAAGGUAGCAGCAGCCACAACGUAACAUUCAGUGUUUUGAUAUAAGAAUGGCUCUCGAAUCGCGGAUCACACAGGAGGAGAUCAAGAAGGAACCGGAGAAGCCCAUCGACCGGGAAAAGACCUGCCCCCUUCUGCUGCGAGUGUUCACCACCAACAGUGGCCGACACCACAGAGCAGAUGAAUUUGCCCGUGGCAACGUCCCCUCCAGUGAACUGCAGAUCUACACAUGGAUGGACGCUACGCUGAAGGAACUGACCAGCCUGGUGAAGGAAGUGUAUCCAGAAGCCAGGAAAAAGGGGACUCACUUCAGCUUUUCCAUUGUCUACCCCGACCCCAGAGGAAAAGUGUACAGGUUGAAAGAUAUUGGCAGUACUGUAUCCGGCAGGAAGGGCACAGAUGACUCCAUGACGUUGCAGUCUCAGCGCUUCCAGAUCGGAGACUACCUGGACAUAGCGAUCACGCCACCCAAUAGAGCCCCGCCCCUUAGCACACGCAUGAGACCCUUCUGAAUGUGAAUACAGAAACCAACACACAUCAAACUAAGUUUUUUGUUUAUUUUUUUCCCCCUUUGCAUCAUCUUGGAUGGUUUUUGCCUCAUUUUAUAAAAUGUGAUGUGUAAUAAAGUUGUCAUUUUUUUCAAAA